AUGUCCAUUUUGCACACGAAGACGAGACGGCAGCGCUAUUUCCGCGAUUGUGACAAAGUACUGGAUGAGGUAUUCGGAGAAGGAUUCGUAAAAAACCAUAAGGAUGAAGUGUUCGUGCGAAUAGAGCCCUAUUCAAUCGGAUCGGGCUGUAUUGCUCAGGUUUAUAAGGGGACUGUGAAUGUUGAUGCGUUGGAACGAGCUGUUGGAAAGAAAUUCCCUCAAUUCAAUGGUUAUGUGGAACGAGAAGUUGCUAUUAAGGUGGCAGAACAUGGUGUGGAAGAGCAAAUUAAUUUGGAUUUGUCAAUUUUGAGGAAUGCAACAAGUUUAGUGCUCAAGUUGAUGCCUUCUCUGAGCUAUUUGGAGCCACUAUCGGCACUGGCGCAGUUUGAAAUGGUUUUACGCCGGCAGGUGGAUCUUAGAAAUGAAGCGCGCGCAUUACAAAGGUUCUCUGAGAAUUUCGAUCACAAAAAGACCGGAGUCAAAUUUCCGACUGUGAUUGGUUACACGAAAAAUAUCAUAGUAGAGACAUUCGAACAUGGCAUGUAUAUUAACCGCCUCGUUGCUGAGGAUAAUGACCCACAGCUGGCAACUCGCCAAUCACCUAAGGUACGCCGACGAAUCGCGCUGCUAGGUGCCAGAGCUCUCCUCAAAAUGAUAUUUGUGGAUAAUUUUGUUCACGGUGAUCUGCAUCCCGGAAAUAUUUUGAUACGUUUCAACGAAGAUGAUCAAGGUUUGCCUGGAGUACACAAUGCGCCGCCAAAGGAGACAAUAUUCGAGCAAUUGUUGGAGCAAAUACGUAAUUGGUUGGGAUGGCGAACGACGCCACGAGUUCGAUUUACGGAUUCUCCAGAGCUUGCCGAUGAGCCGACACUUGUGAUGCUUGACACUGGAAUUGUUGUGUCCGAAACGGAGAAGAACCUACGGAACCUAAAAGCGCUUUUCCGAGCCAUAUUACAGAAACAGGGUUACAAAGCCGGUGAAUUACUUCUCAGUCAUGCCGAGAAUAGCCGUAAUUGUCGAGAUCCACAUGAGUUUUGUUUACAAGUUGAUCGACUUGUAGCAAAAGCAAUGAAAGAGCGAUCGCUGAGAUCGCUAAACAUCUCGGCACUAUUAUCCGAAAUGUUCUCCCUAGUAGCUGCUCAUCGCGUCUACCUCGACUCAUCGUUUACCAGUGUUGUUUUAUCAGUGAUGGUACUUGAGGGCUUUGGCAGAUCACUCGAUCCGGACCUCGAUCUAUUCCAAUGUGCUCGGCCAUACUUACUAAACAUGGUUUAG